AUGAUGGAAUGGGUGCCAUUCGCCGACCAUUUUCGGGAAUACGACAAGUGGCCAUGGCUUCGAAUCAGCUCAUGUGAGCGUCAGCUUCAGGACCAUCCAUCAUUCGUUGUGGCAGAGGCACUGUUCUUGAUCUUGGCUAUGUUUUCACUGCUGCAUGCAAUCUAUGAAUCCCGGAAUGCAGAGUUUCGUCGGCUGAAGUUGAUAUGGGUGUCAACCUUCAUUGUAGGCACCGUCAACGACUAUAUAUUUAUGUUGCUGCCAGUGGUGGACAACUUCUGGCAG